AUCGGCCGAUUCCUUCUCAAUUAUCCUUAAAUUUCCGAUUUUGAUAUCUGGGUUUCUCUCUGAUCAUGGCGGUUGUUGAGACUGGAGCAGCUGCUACUGCUGCUGAUGCAGGUGGAGUCGUGAUCCAGCCGCCGCCGUCUUCUCCACCUUCUUCAAUGACAAGUCAAGAUUCCGGCGUUUCUUCCGAUGAUCAGAACCAUCACUCUAGGAUCGAUCAAGUUCUUCGGCACGAUCAAGGUGGUGUUGGUCUGUAUAGCAAGAUCGGGUCACACGUGGCGAGAUCCGACGGCGUUGACGGUGGUGAGAGCUUUAAGCGUGAUAUGAGAGAGCUUCAGGAGCUUUUCUCUAAGCUUAAUCCUAUGGCUGAAGAGUUUGUUCCUCCUUCUCUGACUAAACAAGGAGGUAACGGUGGACUUAACGGUGUUAAUGGUGGUUUCUUCACUUCUGCUGGUUCCUUCUUCCGUAACAAUGGCUUCUCUGGUACUGGAAAUGGUGGCUACGGUAAUGAAAACGGUGGUUUUCGACGGAAGAAGAGCUUUGGUCAAGGGAAACGAAGGAUGAAUGCUCGAACAAGCAUGGCUCAACGAGAAGAUGUUAUCCGUAGAACCGUCUAUGUCUCUGAUCUCGAUCAACAGGUCACUGAAGAGCAGCUUGCUGGUUUGUUUGUGAGCUGUGGACAGGUUGUUGACUGUCGCAUAUGCGGUGACCCAAACUCAGUGCUUCGGUUUGCAUUCAUCGAGUUCACUGAUGAAGAGGGUGCAAUGACUGCUCUGAAUUUAUCGGGGACUAUGUUGGGAUUUUAUCCUGUGAAAGUUCUGCCAUCCAAAACAGCUAUAGCACCGGUUAACCCGACAUUUUUGCCCAGGACUGAAGAUGAGCGUGAGAUGUGUGCGAGAACUAUCUACUGUACUAACAUUGACAAGAAGGUGACUCAAUCAGAUGUGAAGAUCUUCUUCGAAUCCUUCUGCGGAGAGGUUUAUCGCCUGAGGCUGCUUGGAGAUUACCAACACUCAACUCGUAUUGCUUUUGUAGAGUUCGUAAUGGCAGAAAGCGCAAUAGCGGCUCUCAACUGCAGUGGAGUUGUUCUUGGUUCUUUACCGAUAAGGGUGAGUCCUUCAAAGACGCCUGUUCGUCCGAGAUCACCGAGGCAUCCAAUGCAUUGAUCUUAGCUUACAAGUUUUCACAUAUCUCAUGUCUCAAUAUAUAUAUCGCUGUCUC